GUCAUGGUACAGAUGGAUUUGAUUCUUGCAACAGCAGGAUUUGAUUACAUGAUCAGAUUGUGGUCCCCUCAUAAUGCUACUUGCUUCAAGAAACUCGGUCAUAGAGACAGUCAGGUGAACAAACUCGACAUUUCAACUGAUGGUAAACACUUGGUCGCUGCUGGACACCAGCAGAUAAGAGUCUAUGAUCUGGCCUCCCCCUCUCCCUACCCCUCAAUGACCUACGAUAAACUCAACAAAAACGUGACCUCUGUAGGAUUCCAGAGCCUGAAACAGUGGAUCUACACUGGCGGAGAGGAUGGUUUAGUUUGUAUCUGGGACAUAAGAACGGCUGUGUGCCAGAGAAAGUUAAAACUGCCCUCUGCUGUAAACUCUGUAACUUUGCAUCCUGAUCAAACUGUGCUGUUUGUAGGCCAGGAGAACACAUCCUGUUCCUACUGGGAUCUCAGGCAAAACAAGGAGGUUGUGAUACACAAAAACAUGACCAAAGAGGGUAGCAUUCAGAGUGUGUCUGUCAACAACAUCGCCAGUCAGCUUUGUGCUAUUGACAACAAGGGUUUGUUGCGGUUGUGGGACAUUAAGGAUAUGAGCCAGCCCAAAUGUGUCACUUCCGAACAGUGUCACCUGACAAGAGGGCUAAAGUGCACUUUCUCCCCCGACUGUGAAACAAUCGCCACCACAAGUUCCGAUACCACAGCUCGACUUUGGAACAUCACAGAAGAUGGGAUCGUGUUGGACAAAACAUUCUCGACUCCUGAUCAAAAGUGGGUUUGGGACGCGGUAUUUUCUACGGACUCACAGUUCCUGUUCACUGCCUCUUCAGACGGGACAGUGAGAUUGUGGGACUCCCAAGUUGCUGGUACUCCUAAACAGGAGUACGCAGCUCAUCAGAAGGCGGUUGUGUCCAUUGCGUUCUGGGAUAGGGAAGCGGCAAACUUCUACUCUAAGGAGAAUAGCACGGAGUCUGAGAGCUGAGGGAUUGUUUGGGUGUUAUGAGUUGUGCCAACUUUUAUUUGUGAUUCUUUUCGAACAUUGGUUGUGACGAAAUGUUUGCGGCGGCCGGCGACAUUUAAGAUUAAAACUUUUAAAAUUAAAAAAUAAAUUAAUAAUUUGUACUACUGUGCAGCUGAGACCUUUUUUAUAUAUUAUGGUUUUAAUAAUGUACAUUUUUGCACUCGAUAUCAGUCUUUGGCGUGAAUAUUUGACCAGUAUUCUUUCGUGCAUGACAGGGUUCAUUUUGAAGUUUUUGAGCUUACAUUUUCAUUGUGGAAAACAAGUGUUGGGACUGUAAAACCGAUGACUUUUGGAAGUGUUGACUUCUCUUUUUGAUGCUCUUUGAUUAAAUUUUAUUCAUGCUGUACCCAAAAUAUUUUGAUUGUAUAAAUUUACGUUGUGUUUGUUGUUGAUAAUUUUUCCUAUUAUUCAUUAUUUCUGAAACCGUUUUGUACUGUAUAAUUAUUCACAUUAUGCACAUAA